AUGACAUAUACCGUGUCCGAGAUAACAGACCUGCGCAUCUAUCCCAUCAAGUCAUGUCGAGGGAUCUCUCUGAAGUCGGCACGGUUAACAAGACAGGGAUUAGAGCUGGAUAGACGCUGGAUGUUCAUUGACAGCAGCAACAAGUUCAUCACCAUUCGUACAAAACCUCAAAUGACUUUGAUCAACACCGCCAUUGAUCACGAUUCCGACAACUUGGUCAUAACCAUAGGCAAUGACACGGACAAGCAAGUUAGGGUGCCCAUUCACCCUAGUCAGGAGUGGCUCAGUGAAAACACCAAAGAAGUUUCGGUCGAUAUCUGGGAGUAUAUCACCGAUGCCUAUGCUUACACGAAUGGCGAGAUGCUGGCUCUUUUCAAAGACUUUUUCGGAGAAGAAGUUCGGCUGGUGAUGAAGGGUCCCGAGCUAAGGAUAUGCGCCGGUAAUGGCUCCCCUGAGCGACUGGGACGUACGGAAAGCGUCAACUUCCCGGACGUACUUCCCAUUCAGAUUGCCUCUGAAUCAUCCCUUGCCGAAUUGAACUCCAGAUUGAAAGAGAAAGGCAAGAGCGCAAUCACCAUUGAGCGGUUCCGGCCAAAUAUCAUAAUCAAAGGGGGAGAGCCUUGGUCUGAAGAUUCAUGGAAGAAAGUGCGCAUCAACGGCGACUCUUCGUACUGGACUACGCUCACCGGCGGCAACUUGCAUGCAAUUGAUGUUGAUGUGGUGGCGAGAUGUGCUCGCUGCACAGUGCCCAAUGUCGAUCCCGAUACCGCAGAGAAGGACGCCCACCAGCCUUGGGAUCUGUUAGUCAGUUACCGCAGGGUUGAUGAAGGCAUCAAGUUCAAACCCUGUUUUGGAAUGUUGUGCUGCCCAAGGAACGAAGGAAGCGUCGAAGUAGGAAUGCGAUUCGAGGUCAUGGAAGUUACCGAUGCGCACAGAUAUGUCAAAGGGUUUUAG